AUGGAAGACACGGCCACGGGCUUCGAAUGGCUGGAGAAUGGCCGCGGGCUGAGGUUGUUCGUGAGGGUGUGGGAGCCCCGUGAAGGCACGCAGCUCCAGGCGGUGCUCGUGGUUGUGCACGGAUUCUCCUGGCACAGUGUUUACUUCAGCGAGCUGGCCUCGCAAGCUGCCCAGCAAGGCAUCGAGGUGGUGGCCUUUGAUCUGCAGGGCCACGGCCGUAGCGAGGCGCUGGGCGGCAUGCGCGGCUAUGCCCGCCGCAUGGCAGACUUGUGCGCCGAUGCGGCGCAGGUGCUGGACUGGGCGCGGCGGCGGCGCCCUGCAGUGCCCGCCUUCCUGGCGGGGGAGUCGAUGGACGGCACCAUUGUGCUGCGCCUGCUGCAGCUCCAGCCCGACCUGCAGCGGCAGCUGGCGGGCCUGGUGCUGCUGGGCCCCGUGGUGCGCGUGUCGGCGGCGGUGCUGCCGCCGGCCCCCGUGGUGUGGGUGCUGCGCCUGCUGGCGCGACUCUUCCCCACCCUGCCGGUGCCAGACGACAGCAUCCGCCAGGGCUUUGAGCGCGCCUUUGGCGACCAAGAGUUUGCGGCCCGGGCCAAGCAGGCGGGUGGCUAG